CUCCCGGCAGGCCCCGCGCGCCAGGCUCUCUUCAGCGCGCUGCUUCUUAGGGAGAAACUACAGUUCCCACGAGGCCUCGCGCGAAUCGGCUUGGAAGUGGGCAGCCUGGAAGUCACUCGGGCCACUGGAGCUGGCGGCGUCUCUAGCGAGCCGCGCUGUGCUGAACGCCGCGGUCGAGGAGCCCGCGGGGCGUGUGGCCGGGACGCCUAGGUGCCUCACCUUCAACCUUGGCCUUUGACCUUUGACCUUGGCUCUCGUGAGACCUUCAAAGGUGCACUAGUAUCCAGGGCUUGCUGAGCAUGUCGGGGAAGCCGACUCCACCGCCCCCAGGCCGUGGCCUGCAGCCUCUGCUCUCUCUGCCCCUCUGAGCCACUGCAUCUGGAGCCCCUGGAUGAUCCCUGCCUCCUGAGGCUGCAACUGAGCUGCUGUCCACAGAGAUGGUGAAGAACUGGACUCUGCAGGCUCACCACCUUCAAGUGCACUUCCGGGGGCCGACACCCUUUGUCCCAGGACUGGCAGGCCUGAACAAUGGCUGAGGGCCAGGGGACCCCAUAGAGUUGCACCUCAAGCUCCAGGGGCAGCAGCACUCCAGCGCCCAAGGACUAUGACCACCUAUCGGCCUCUUCCUAAUGAUGGCGUGGACCUGGCCUCCAGCUGUGGGGCCAGGGGCACCGAGAUCCUCCCCGGGCCCCACCCUGGGGACUACACUCCCAUGGGAUUCUGGGCCCAGAAUGGCAGCAUGUCCCAACCUCUCGGUGAGGGCCCAGCCACCGCCACUACCCGCCCUAGCCCCACCACCCCUGCCAUGCCCAAGAUGGGUGUGCGCGCCAGAGUGGCUGACUGGCCACCCAAGCGAGAUGCCCUUAGAGAACAAAGCAAUCCCAGCCCCUCACAGGACACAGAUGGUGUGAAGACCACCAAAGUAGCCCAUUCCAUGAGGAGCCUGCAGAACGGACAGCUCCCCUCCAGCACCCCAGUUUCCUCGGGAUCCAGAGCCUUCCAUCGACUGUCCAGGAGAAGGUCCAAAGAUGUGGAAUUCCAGGAUGGGUGGCCCCGGUCCCCUGGCCGGGCCUUCCUCCCACUGCGACAUCGGAGCAGCAGCGAGAUCACCCUCAGCGAGUGUGAUGUAGAGGAGCCGGGAGACCCAAGGGGGACCCGGCACCCCGGGGUGCUGCCCCUCUUCCGAGAGUAUGGCAGCACGUCCUCCAUUGACGUGCAGGGCGUGCCAGAGCAGAGUUUCUUUGACAUCCUCAAUGAGUUCCGCAGCGAGCAGCCAGAGGCUCGGGGCUCCCAGAACCUCAGUGAGCUCCUGCGGGUGGAUCCGGGCGCCCUCCCAGGGGGCAGCUGUGGAACCAAGGGAGACCCCCGCAAUGGCCAGCCCACCAAAGAUAGUUUCCAGAGUCUACAGCCUCUCAAGGAGAAGGAGAAGACCCGGAAGAAACCCGUGCGGGGCCUGGGCAGCGGGGACACUGUGGACUCGUCCAUCUUCAGGAAACUGAGGAGCAGUAAACCCGAGGGGGAGGUGGGGCGGCCUCUGGGGGAGACAGAGGAGGGCCGAAGCCCCCCAGAAGCCAGCAGACCAUGGGUCUGCCAGAAGAGCUUUGCCCAUUUUGACGUGCAGAGCAUGCUAUUUGACCUCAAUGAGGCAGCUGCCAACAGGGUGUCGGUGGCCCAGAGGCGCAACACCACCACAGGGGCCUCAGCGGCUUCAGCUGCCUCGGCCAUGGUGACGCUCGCGGCCUCGCGGGCCCACAGCCUGGGGACCCUGGACCCGGCCUUCACCAGCACAGAGGACUUGAACUGCAAAGAGAACCUGGAGCAGGACCUGGGGGACGACAAUAGCAACGACCUGCUGCUCAGCUGCCCGCACUUCCGCAACGAGCUCGGCGGGGAGUGCGAGCGGAACGUCAGCUUCUCCCGGGCCUCCGUGGGCUCCCCGGGGGGCGGCGGUGAGGCCCACACGGCCGAGCCCGCCCUGAGCACCCACCGGACAAAUGCCAGCAUCUCGGUGCUGGAGGUGCCCAAGGAGCAGCAGAGGACACAGAGCCGGCCCAGGCAGUACAGCAUCGAGCACGUGGACCUGGGCGCGCGCUACUACCAGGACUACUUUGUGGGCAAAGAGCACGCCAAUUACUUUGGCGUGGAUGAAAAGCUGGGGCCCGUGGCUGUGAGCAUCAAGCGGGAGAAGCUGGAGGAUCAUAAGGACCACGGACCUCAGUACCAGUACAGGAUCAUCUUCCGGACUCGUGAGCUCAUCACGCUUCGGGGCUCCAUCCUAGAGGAUGCCACACCUACAGCCACCAAGCACGGGACAGGGCGGGGCCUGCCCCUGAAGGAUGCACUGGAGUACGUCAUCCCGGAGCUCAACAUCCACUGCCUGCGACUGGCUCUCAACACUCCCAAAGUCACCGAGCAGCUGCUAAAGCUCGAUGAACAGGGGCUGUGCCGCAAGCACAAGGUUGGCAUCCUGUACUGCAAGGCGGGCCAGAGCUCGGAAGAGGAGAUGUACAACAACGAGGAGGCCGGCCCUGCCUUCGAGGAGUUCCUGGACCUCCUGGGCGACAAGGUCUGUCUGAAGGGCUUCACCAAGUAUGCUGCCCAGCUGGAUGUCAAGACGGACUCCACGGGGACCCACUCCCUCUACACGACGUACCAGGACUACGAGAUCAUGUUCCACGUCUCCACCCUGCUCCCUUACACCCCCAACAACAGGCAGCAGCUGCUGAGGAAGAGGCACAUAGGGAAUGACAUCGUGACGAUCAUCUUCCAGGAGCCCGGCGCCUUACCUUUCACCCCUAAGAACAUCCGCUCGCACUUCCAGCACGUCUUCAUCAUAGUCCGAGUCCAUAACCCCUGCACUGAGAAUGUCUGCUACAGCAUGGCUGUGACCCGAUCCAAAGAUGCUCCUCCUUUUGGCCCCCCCAUCCCUCAUGGAACCACAUUCCGCAAGUCUGACGUCUUCAGAGACUUUUUGCUAGCCAAGGUAAUUAAUGCUGAGAACGCUGCUCACAAGUCCGACAAAUUCCAUACGAUGGCCACCAGGACCCGCCAGGAGUACCUGAAGGACCUAGCUGAAAACUGUGUCUCCAACACCCCCAUUGACUCCUCCGGCAAGUUCAACCUCAUCUCCCUGACCUCCAAGAAGAAGGAGAAGACGAAGGCCAGGGCAGGUGCAGAGCAGCACAGUGCUGGCGCCAUUGCCUGGCGGGUGGCAGCUCAGGACUACGCCCAGGGCUCAGAGAUUGACUGCAUUCUGGGGAUUUCCAAUGAGUUUGUCGUGCUCCUGGACCUGCGCACCAAGGAGGUGGUGUUCAACUGCUACUGUGGGGACGUCAUUGGCUGGACCCCAGACUCCUCCACAAUAAAAAUCUUCUAUGGCCGAGGGGACCACAUCUUUCUACAGGCUGCAGAGGGCUCUGUGGAGGACAUCAGGGACAUUGUCCAGAGGCUAAAGGUGAUGACCAACGGCUGGGAGACGGUGGACAUGACCCUGCGGCGGAAUGGACUGGGGCAGCUGGGUUUCCAUGUGAAGUACGAUGGGACGGUGGCUGAAGUGGAGGACUACGGGUUUGCCUGGCAGGCUGGCCUCCGGCAAGGCAGCCGACUGGUGGAGAUCUGCAAGGUGGCUGUGGUGACACUAAGCCACGACCAGAUGAUCGACCUGCUGCGUACCUCCGUCACUGUGAAGGUGGUCAUCAUCCCGCCGUUUGAAGACGGCACUCCCCGGAGGGGGUGGCCAGAGACCUAUGACAUGAAUACUUCAGAACCCAAGACGGAGUCGGAAACCACCACCCCUGGGGGGCGACCCCCCUACCGCAGCAAUGCUCCCUGGCAGUGGAGUGGGCCUGCCUCCCACAACUCUCUGCCCGCCACCAAAUGGACCACCCCUGCCACGCCGGGCCACGCCCAGUCCCUGAACCGACUCCCGAAGCAGACAACCGUGGUGCCCUUCCGCGAGUCCCAGCCACUGCACAGCAAGAGGCCUGUCAGUUUCCCAGAAACACCGUUUGCAGCAUCACCAGCAGGGGCCGACAGAGUCCCUCCCUACAGACAGCCUUCCGGGAGCUUCUCCACCCCGGGCUCUGCCACCUACGCAAGAUACAAGCCUUCUCCUGAAAGGUACGCAGCUGCCCCACACCCUCUACUGUCAUUUGACCCUCACUUCAUCCACGAUGGGAUGUCCAGCGGUGACUCCUCGUCAGGUGGCCUGACCAGCCAGGAGAGCACCAUGGAACGCCCAAAACCAGAGCCUCUGUGGCACGUGCCAGCCCAGGCCAGGCUCUCCGCCAUGACUGGAAGCAUUGGCAGCAAGCAUCCCUCCAGGCAGGACACAGCUGGCAAAGAUUCUCCCAACAGGCAUUCCAAAGGCGAACCUCAGUACUCCAGCCAUUCCAGCAGCAACACCCUCUCCAGCAAUGCCUCCAGCAGCCACAGUGAUGACAGAUGGUUCGACCCCCUGGACCCGCUGGAGCCAGAGCAGGACCCGUUCUCCAAGGGAGGCUCUAGUGACAGCGGCAUCGAUACCACACUCUACACCUCCAGCCCCAGCUGCAUGUCCCUAGCCAAAGCGCCGAGGCCCACCAAGCCGCACAAGCCUCCCGGAAGUAUAGGUCUUUGUGGCGGGGGCCGAGAGUCGGCCGGAAGACCCCACCCUGCGGACAGACGGCGGGAAGUGUCCCCGGCGCCUGUGGUGGCCGGCCAGAACAAGGGCUACCGGCCGAAGCUGUACUCCUCAGGCUCCUGCACCCCUCCAGGCCUGGUGGGGGGCAGCCGAGACCCACCAAGGCAACCCAGGCAGGUGGACACCAGUGCAAAAAAUGUCUUUGGACAGCCACGGUUGAGGGCAUCCCUGCGCGACCUCCGGUCCCCACGGAAGAACUACAAGUCAACCAUCGAAGAUGACCUGAAGAAGCUCAUCAUCAUGGACAACCUGGGGCCAGAGCAGGACCGGGACACAGGGCAGUCCCCCCAGAAGAGCCUGCAGCGGACGCUGUCGGAUGAGAGCCUGUGCAGCGGGCGUCGGGAGCCAAGCUUUGCCAGCCCUGCGGGCCUGGAGCCCGGCCUGCCCAGCGACGUGCUCUUCACCAGCACUUGCGCCUUCCCCUCCAGCACACUGCCCGCCCGCCGCCAGCACCAGCACCCCCACCCACCCAGCGGGGCACCCGGCACCGGUCCAGCCACUGGCAAUGGCUUUCCAGAGAAGAAAUCCGCCAUCUCAGCCUCCGAGCUCUCACUGGCUGAUGGACGGGACCGGCCCCUGCGGCGACUUGACCCCGGAAUGAUGCCCCUGCCAGACACAGCCGCUGGCCUCGAGUGGUCCAGCCUGGUGAACGCAGCCAAGGCCUACGAAGUGCAAAGAGCUGUGUCACUCUUCUCUCUGAACGACCCAGCCCUGAGCCCAGAGAUCCCUCCUGCACACAGCCCCGUGCACAGCCACCUGAGCCUGGAGCGGGGCCCCCAGACUCCGAGAGCCACUCCCACCAUGAGCGAGGAGUCACCCCUGGAUCUGACAGGCAAGGUGUACCAGCUGGAGGCCAUGCUGAAGCAGCUGCACACGGACCUGCAAAAGGAGAAGCAGGAUAAGGUGGUGCUGCAGUCAGAGGUGGCCAGCCUGCGGCAGAACAACCAGCGACUGCAGGAGGAGUCACAGGCCGCCAGUGAACAGCUGCGCAAGUUCGCCGAGCUCUUCAGCAGGGAGAAGAAGGAGCUCUGAGUUCCCGGCAGCCCGGCUGCCCAGGGGAACUGCUCGCAGUGGGCUUCCGGUGGCAGGGGUGACAGGUCAUCCAGCCACAGCCCCGCACGCACCCACUGCCCUGCAAGCUUUCUUUAGGGACUCGGGGACUCCAGGCAGGAUUCUCAGGCCCCUCUCCGCUGCUCCCUGCCACCCUGCAGGCCGCAGUAGGCCAUUCCCAGGACCCAGCUGCCUGGAGCUGCCAGUGGGAGGGGCCUGGGCGCCCCUACCUGAGAACUAUGGAACUGGAAGUGAGCCCUUUCUCCCCCCACGCCCUGAACUCCGGGCUCCUCCCUCCCCGGUGUACUGGCUCCGGGUAGCAUGGACAUCACCCUCUGAGUCCCCCUUCCACAGAGCAGCCAGGAGCACUUUCAUAGAGUUUAAAUUAUUUUCCUGGGGCCCCAGAAUGGACAGGAGCCGCUAACACCCAGACCCACUCCUUUGAGAAACCUAAUUUGUACAGCGAGGACUGUUGAUAUGAUCUUUUUUAUCAGUUUCUCUCCAAGCAGCCGCAGGCCCCUCUACCUUCAAGCUACUGAUCCUGAUCCGGCCAGCCAUGGGCUCCUCCCCUAGGACAGCUAGGCCAUUGCUCCAGAGGCUUUGAGGAGCCUGGGGACAGGGCUGAGGCAUAGCCUUCACCCCCUGUAUGGUUGUCUUUUCUUUAACAAGUCUCCCUGGCCACACUUCAUCCCCCAGUGGCCACCAGACACACUCACUGUGCUCCCCGGGGAGCACUCACAGUGCAGCCCCCAGCCCCCAGAGACUCUCCAAAGGCAAUAAGGGGCAACUCAGUGUGGGUCCACGCUGCUCACCCAGGAAACACAAAUCCCCCCCCCUUUUCCUUCUUUAAAAACAAACAGAAAAGAAUAUAUAUAUAUAUAUAUAUAUUUAUUUUUUCAUGUAGAGUUGUGCCGGAACACGUUUGAAUGGCCACAGUCUGUGGAUUCCCCGAACCCCGUGGGCUGGAGGUUGGUGUGAGGACUCCAAGGGAGACAGGGGCAGCAGGCAGCGCACAGUGGGCAGCACAGCUCCAACCCAGAGCCAUAGCUAGGUGCCCGGGCCUCAGCCCAGGCCCCAUCGCCUUCUCUUCGGGGCCCACGACCACACACAGCGGGCACCCUGCUCCAGAUGGGCCAGGCUGAGGGGCAGGGCUUGAGGAGAGGGUACCCACAGCUCCCUGUGACCUGCCUCUGACCCCGGGGGAACCCACUGGCUGUGAGGGAGCCGCCCACCUCGCCCUCUGCCCUCUGCCCACCGUGGAAUGAUGGUGGCCCACUAGGCCGCCCAGUCCUGAACCCUGGCCAACUACUGUGAUGUCCCUCUCUCGAUCCCCUUUCCGAAGGGUUCUCCAGCCCCCGCCCC